CCACUUUUUUUUUACUUGUGUGCACCUGUUUACCACUCUGUCUGCGAUGUUGGGUGAAUGGUAGAUCAAUAUGAAACCAAACAGCUUGUUGUUUCAGCAUAAUGCAGUUUUCGCGACUGAUAUUUAAAACGUAAAUUAAAGUAGCUGCGUGGUGUGUGCCUCUAAUCCAACAUGUGUGUUCUUUCAAACGUCCUUUGUUUGCUUUGGGUGAGGAUGACUUCAUCUUUUUGUUUUGACAAUAUAUGGAAUUAGUAUCGGCAAUAAUACAUCGCCAUUACUUUUUACUUUAGUUGUUUUGUUAGACUUUUAGACUCAGAACUAAACUUUGAAGGUGUUUUUCUUAUGUAGUAUAAAUGUAGUAAAAACUGUAAUUACACUCAAAGCCUGCAUUUCCAUUCUGGAUUAACUGGUUAGUUGACUUGACUAAAGUUUGUAACCAGUUAAAUAUUUGAAGUUUUAUGGGAGAUAAUCAUGAGUCACUUUAUUUUUAUUUUGUUAGUGGGGAUUAAAAAAAAAGGCCGUUUGGUUGAUUUGAGUUAUGGAAAUGUGGCAUUUGCAUCCAGGGACAAGAGUACAAUUAAUAUGAUCUCAUGUCAGGUGCUCGUAGGUUUACAAACGUUCAAACAGAAUGUGACGAGUAUCCAUUACACCCAUAAAAGCCAGUUAACGCGACUGCUUGAUGCAUAUAAAAGCUCCAAACAUGAAGGAAGUAAAGGAUAACUCGUCAUCCCCUUUUCAUAUCUGCUUUUCCUCUUCGUUUAUAACGUGGACUUUCUCCCUGGCACAAGCGCCACCUGUGCAGGUCACAUGAUCUGCUAUUUACACAACUUGUUUUAUGAACGUUGGGAGUCAGGAAGAGGUAAAACAGAAGCACGCAAAGCUUUUUAUCUGCUCAUUAAAAUGGAAACUGUGCGUGUUUAUCUCAGAAAAACACAAUGGUGGAACAAACGAGACGCCCAAAUCCUGCGGUGACGCCCCAGGCUGGACCUGGAGGGGUGGACACCAGCGCCCUGUUGGACAUGAACCGCAGGAUCAGGGACAGGGAUUCAAGGGUCGUGGGUCGCCAGUUGGCCAUCAUUGGAGACAGGUUAGACCGGGAGUGGACUAGGACAAACCCAAACUGGCCACCGACUCCUCUACACCUGCUGAGACCUGUCCAGACCCUGACACGGACCAUCUACCGGGAUGUUCACAGUCACAUGUGGACAUUUCGGGGCCUGUUUGCGGCUGUGAAGGCCUGGAUAGUGAGCACCAUGCCUGGCCAGGGAAACCCGACAGCUGAGGCCUUGACAGCCUGGGGGUCCAGUUUCAAACCGGCGACCUGCCCUGGCUGGACCGCAGGAGCUCUUGUGGCUGUUGCGCUGUUGGCUGCAGCCAGCGUUUUCAGUGCACUCUGGGUGGAAGCGAAAGCCUAAAGAGGCGACGAGUGAGCCUUUGCUUCAGCUAAUGAGUUAAAAUUACUCCUGAUUUGUGUUUCUGCUGUUUACUCUGACUUCUCUUUUUUUUUUUUUUUUACUAUUCUAAGAUGCGGUGUUGGAAGUUGGCACUGAAGGCAGUGAACAACUUCCUGGGUGAGGUAAACAAAAACAAGUAAGGAUAAAAACAUGCGAGGAGUGGCUUCGAUCCGUUUUACAGAGGUUGCUCUGGUUUUUGUAGCAGAGGAAGUUGGUUCACAGUUGUAUUAUUGUCAAAAGGAAAAGUUUCUCGUGACUCGACUGUUGCUGGCCUGCAGUCCUUUUGUUGUUUCUUACUGGUUUAAGAGGCCAAGAUUUUUACAUACGACACGUAGCCUUGCUUGUGAUAAAAUGAUGGGAGCUGGACUUUCUGUUGCCGAUUUGGGAAUGCUUUUUUCAUGUGACGCAAAUAAACUUUAGAAUGACAGAA